CUGCUCUGCCUGUCUACUGGAUUGUCGCUUUUGCUGACUAUUUUCCAGCCAGACCAUACUCGCAGCCGGAGACGAGCGACAAGCGACGAUCUCUCUCUCCCUCCGUCCUCCGCUCUCGCCCAAAGCAUGACCAGCUCCUCCGCUCCUUCCAAGAAGGUCUCUCUCUCACUCGCUCACUGUUACUCACUCACUCUCACUUGUCUCUUUUUCUCUGUUCAGGCUCUUAGCAAGAUCGCGAGCAAUCGCCUCCAGAAGGAGCUGAAGGAAUGGCAGGUCAAUCCCCCGGUCGGCUUCAAGCAAAAGCCCACCGACAACCUCCAAAGGUGGAUAAUCGAAGUGGUCGGCGCCCCCGGGACGGUCUACGCCAACGAGACCUACAAGCUCCAGGUCGAUUUCCCCGAGCAUUACCCCAUGGAAGCUCCGCAGGUCAUCUUUCUCCAUCCUGCACCUUUGCAUCCUCAUGUUUAUAGCAAUGGACAUAUUUGUUUAGAUAUACUGUAUGAUUCAUGGUCGCCAGCAAUGACUGUAAGUUCUGUUUGCAUUAGCAUUCUAUCCAUGCUAUCAAGCUCCACUGUGAAGCAACGCCCUGCUGAUAAUGACCGCUAUGUUAAAAACUGUAAGAACGGUAGGUCUCCUAAGGAGACUAGGUGGUGGUUCCAUGAUGACAAGGUGUAGGAAGAAAAAGCGGUAGGUGGCAGCCCUUCCCAAAUGAACCCGGCUCGUGUAGGAGUGUUGGUGGGUUAAAAUCAAGGGCUCAAGAGUUACUGUAAAUUUGCAUGCGAGGUGUUUGUAGAGUCUGAUAAGCUGUAUCAUUAGUAAUACAGAGCAAUAAGUCAAUGCAGAGGUACGGUGAUGGAUUGGGUUACUUUGAUAACUUUCGUCUUGUCAGCUUUGUUUUUGAUGAAAUUACUUCUUGUGCUUGUCCAUGCUUUACUAGAUCUGGCCCCAUCGUUGUGAAACUUAUGUUGACUACAACCAAUAAUAAGCAGUUGAUAUAAU